GACGAACGAGCGGAACUGGUCGCCAACAGGCUCGCAGAUGAUAUUGGCAAUCCGACACACAGAAAGCGUAUCAACGCAUUGCUGGCCAAGAACGACCCCACGCGCACAACCACGGACAGACGAACCCAUGUGCAAUACGGCAUAGGUACAUUGGGGUGUAUGACAGUUGUAGGGAGUGCAGAUGAUUGUACAACUGUUGUGAUGAUUGUACAACUGUUGUACAACAACCUACAUCUCCUACAACUAUUGUAG